AUGGGCACAAAGGAAGCUCCCACGAGCGAUGGCAUCGAGGAUGUCAGCUAUGGUAUGCAUUAUUAUGACGCCCAUGAUAUUCAGAAGCCAGUAGACGUCGUCACUGGUACGGACCAAAUGCAACGACGUCUCGAAAAUCGGCAAAUUAAGAUCAUGGGAGUCGGCGGUGCAAUCGGUACGGCACUCUUCAUCAGUAUUGGCGGCUCACAAAUCUCAUCACCGCCGUCCGUUGACCGCAAGGCAUUCCCCUACUUCGGCCGGUUCCAGCCGUACAGUGCCUGGAUUGGAUUGAUCGGAGAAUGUCUCAUUGUUAUCUUCUACGGCUACUCCAGCUUCAUUCCUUGGGACGUAUCGAACCUUUUCACUCACUAUACCAUGCUUAUUUUGGCGCCGAUACUCUACUUCUCUUGGAAGAUAUUCUGGCGCACUAGAGUGGUAAAGCCCGGAGAAGCGGACUUGAUUUGGGAGAGGCCAAUGAUCGAUACGUAUGAGGCGGGACUUACAUCUCCGCCGAGGGGGUUCUGGGCUGAGAUACUUCUGACUGUCGGUUGGAGGCGAGGCCCCAAGAAUCAGGAGGCCUCGAACGGUUGUUGA